AUGAGUGAAUCACAUUCAAUAGACGCUGAAAAUAUAAUUAUUCAAAUUGGCGUAGAAAUCAACGCUGCUAUACUUAAGGUCACGAAGGAAGAAAGGGUUAAUCCAAGCGCAAAGCUCAAUUUCUUCGAGAUCAAGACGGCCAUGGAGAAGCUCAAACUGAAGUUCACGAGUGAAGAGAUAGCGAGGCUCCUGCAGAAAUAUGACCAAGCCCGAGAUGGAACAAUCACUUCUUCUCAAUUCAUAGAUAUCUUCACCCCAAUUCACCAAUCAAGUUACCUCUACAAAUCUUUUCAGGCUUUUCGUCAGAUUUCCAAAUUCGAAGCACUUCCCACAACCGAAGAACUUCCCACCAUCCAGAUUCCUCUAGAGAAUCAGCUGCUGACACCUGGAGGUUUACACCAAGCUUUGACUUCAUUGGGAGUGGAGGUCACCCAGAUUGAAGCAUUUGGAAUGUCAUACCGGACUGUCGUUCGUCACCGGUGGCAUCAGACUUUAAGUGGAGAUCUAGAGCUGCACUUGGGUUGGGUACGCUUCAUUCCGAAACCAUCUGCUGUCACAACAUCCACAACAUCAACCUCCUCCAACAAGACAACGACGAUUCCGUUCGUUUUUAAGCCGGACAAUACCACAGGAGAUGAGCUCUUCAAUCUCAUCGCGAUGUCUACGUUGGUGAUUUGGGCAGGAGCAUUCAUCACCGCUCGUGCCCGUCAAAGUACGGUAUUGGGACGCGUUAACGACUUUAUCUCAUUACUCGCUGCAGUGGUAUUCAUGUGUCUUCUUCUCUGCUAUGUAAAUUACUUCCUAGUGGUGGUCGUUUCUCUUGGAAUAGUUACAUCAGCAGGGAUCAUCGUCCCUACCACUCAAGAACCUGAUCUUCCCUUUGUGGUGAUGAUUCUUGAUCGGUUUACGAGUAAUGUUGGAUCAGUAGAAGGAAAUGUAAUCUUUGUUGAUCCUCGUGAAGAGGUUAGUGUGUCGGUUAGUUCUCAUGCUCUGCGGCAGAUUAUUCUACGGAUCAGCAGAGACGAAGAAGAGGAAGAGGAAACUUAUUAUCUUGAAAAUGGAAACAGAGUGAAGCUUAGGACUUAA